UUAGUUUAUUCUCUCUCUCAUUCAAAACUCUAUGGAGAAAAGCGAUUCACUUAAAUCUCCUGAGAGCAAUGGCAGUGUAAAUUCGUCCAUACAUUAUCAGACGCCACCGUAUUACUGUUCAUCACCAUCAUCGGAUUCAUCACCAUUAACUGGUAUUGCUUCUUUACGUAGACGGAAACCUCCUAGUUUGCCGCCAAAAUCAGCAAUCUAUAAUCCAGUUCUUUUAACUCCUCCUCCUCCUUCAUCUUCUUCUACUGUACUAACACUAGAGGAACGAGAUUUCUAUAUGAAUCUCUUGAUAGAGUACACCAAAUUGGAGAAUCUGUAUGCAUUAUGUUGUACUUAUGCUGAAAUGUCAUCAAACGAUAGAGAAAUUUUAGAGCAUGAAAAUGUUACUCUACGAGCAAGUAUAGAAGAUCUUGAAAAUCAGUUAGAUCUACUGGAAAAAUAUGUGAGAGUUUCAAAUCAACCUGUUGGUACAAACACUGUGGCUCCUUCUUCUAGUACACCAUUCGUCCAGGGAACUGAGCAACGAGUGCAGUUACCUACUCGUCAUGCUGUUGUUUAUGAGAGCAAAAAUGUAGGAGUUGAUGAUCAAAAGAGAAGGUCCCCCCUCAGAGAUAUAUCCAAUCAAAUGUCGAAGAUGCGAUGAUGAAACACGUCCGUCAAAGACAACGUUAUUCAGAGUAAAUGUAGGGAUCAAAAUCAGAAGAAGCAUAAAUGUAGGGAUCAAAAUCAGAAGAAGCACAUAGGUGUAUAAGUUGAGACUAAAUAGUGGGGUGACAGAUUUUCUCUUCUUAGAUUGUGUGUCAGUAUUGUGAAACCUAAAUCGGGAUGCUUGUAAAAAAUUUCAGAGUUCGAAGAAUAUCGCCGAGAUGAUCAGUUCAGUUCUGGAAACAGACUAGCUCAACUAUUGAGCUUCACUCAUCAGAAAUCCCAACACUUACUCGAGUCUCAAUGGUAUCUAGUAUCUUUCAGGUAUAAGCAAAUCAAUGGUAUCUAGUAUCUUUCAGGUAUAAGCAAAUCAUUAGCACUAGAGUAUAUACUCUGUAAUCUGAAGUAUUCUUACUUUCUUUAUUUGUCAUCUCUAACUAUAUGUAUUUGUGACCAAGGUAGUUAAUUUCGGAUUCCGGUUUAUCUCGGUCCCGAGGAGACACUGGUACAACAUUGUCUCGGGGAGAUUCCGUUUUCAAA